GAGUGACUACUGAGCCGCUGGGCAUGGCGCCAACCAGCCCCAAGGUCAGUGACGACAGCCUCCGCACGACGCCCCAGCCCGGGGGAGCUGCCCCGCUGGUGCACAUCGGGCAUCGUCGAUCGUUCCCAGCGCUGUCUCGCUCUGCGAUGCAGGAGACAUCGAUGGGCUUUCCCGCCACGCACAGGCAAGGGCGCAACAGCCAGGGUCCUCCAGCUUCGCCUCCUUCACUCCACCGCUCACCUGUGGUGGCUCGCUCAGUCCAGCUGGCACCGGAGGGGGUGCGCUCUCCGAACGGCCCUCUGAAAGAUCCCCGGGGAACGAUCAGCUUCUCCGGGGGUCACUCUUUCACGGCACCAUAUUUUGAGGCGACGACAACGGGUGCUCAGUCCAGCGCGGGGCGUUCGGACUUCACCUCGCCGGAGCGGCCCAUUGUGUUCCGUGGCCAGAUGUCUCCUCCACGGGCGAGCUCGCCCCAGGAGCUUUCCCCUCCAGUGCCGAUGCAGUUGCCAAUCGGUCCGCUGCAGCAGGCGGCAGCAUUGCAACCCUUCCCGGCACAGUUGCAGGGAAUGCAGUUCAAAUCGCAGGUGGCAGCGUCUGGCAGUGCCGAUGUACCACCACCGUGA